UUUGGAGCGUCUGUUAAAGCAAUUAAUAGCUGAGCAGUGUGCCGAGUACAUGUUAUCAAUGCAUAGUUUGUGGAUUCUGCGCCUCAUCAUGACGGCCAAAGCCACGCAAGCCGUAAUACAGAAGUGGAUGCCGAUCGACACUCCUGUUUUAUCUCUAGACUCCUUGGUUUACAUCACAGACAUAGAUAGACGCCACAACGAGCCCUGAGCCAUACCUCAAUGUUGCCGCCUUAUUGGAUGUGUCAAGGCUGCGCUGUAAAUGAAUACAAGUAAAUGUACUGACGCCUUUCUACAAGCACCUUUCUACAAAGAAAUGUAAGUUAAUUCCUCUCGUUUACACAUCCACACACACACUAAUAUACUUGGGAAACAGGCACCAAAAAUAAUGUAUUUGACCUUUCCAAGAUAUUAGUACGUGUGUGAAUGUAUAAACGAGUGGAAUUAACUCAAAGUUGUUUGUAGAAAGGCGCUUUAUGAAAGUAAGUACAUUUACUUGUAUUCAUUUCAGCCUUGAAAAAUCCAAUAUGGCGACGACGUUGAUGUGUCGAGGCAGUGGACGCCAAAAACCAUGAAUUUGAUCUUCUCAAAUGUUUGGUGCCUUACUGUUUCGUAAGUAUAUUAGUGCGUGUGUGAAUGUAUAAACGAGAGGCAUUAACUUUCAUUUCUAUGUAGAAAGACACUUUCUGGAAGUAAGUACAUUUACUUAUAUUCAUUGACACAUCCAAUAUGGCGGCGACGUUGACGUACGGGUCAGCGGUCGGUGAGGCGUCCACGUAUAUACAUAUGUCUAUGGCGGCCACGACCACCCCUGACCUCGCCGUUGCUCCGCCACUGAAUUUCAUGGCGUCAACUCGAGCACAAUAUGCGCAUGUUUGACAUGAUUUCUUGCAAUUGUAGCUGUGUUGCAAGUUUUGGAAGCGGUCUCUUCCAGCUGCAUUGAAAAUGAAGACACCCUUCUGAAACAAAGGCUAAAACCUAGCUUUGUGUGCGUUCGUGUUAUUUUUCAUGUUUUUUCUCACCCCCUUCAUUCAAACAUUUUAUCAAGGUCAUUGUGGGAAUAUGUUUGCGCCUCUUUUGUGGUGCGGGGCCACCGUCGGGGCGACUGAAUUGAUUAGCCCCUUUCAGGGUGUUGGCUACUUUCGGAUAACCGGGGUGUGAAUGCAUCACGGUCAAAAGUCAUGCAAAGGUUGCGGGGUCACUGCCAAUGAAAGGAUGGCGGGGGGCAGGCAGCUUCUCAUAGCCUGGGAACAAACAUGGCUCGCACAACCGUGAAAAUGUGUCGCUUUACGUCCUCCCACCGGACAGCGGCAUCUCUACACUUGGUGUGAAUGACGGACGGCACUAAAUUGACGAGAAAAACAUGUUUUUGCAGCCUAGACGAGACAUUUUGCUGCUUAAAACGCGCAAAUAUUUCAUAGUCACUCCAGAAAACAACCUCGUAUAAAGCCAAAGUACCAAUCAGCAAUGAAAACUAUACUUGGCAUCCUGUUGACGGAGGCAAUAAAUGAUGUCUGGACACUUUUAACGUUGGACUUCUCACCGGAAUGUUGAUGUGCGCGCGUCUUUUCUUUGAUGUGUUUACAAUGUUUGUGCAGUUGCUGUGCGCAUGGCACUGCUUCAUAAAAGUUUCAAGCACUGGACACGAGCGGAGGGGGCGGCCGGACCUGCUCUGCCCUCCCACACCCCCUCAGCCAUUCACCCUCGGAAAUAGGGACGGGCUGGUCCAUCCAAAGAUCGAUAGUGCCGAUGUUAAGGUCGGCCCGAUACGAGUGUGAAGAAGUUGGUUUGGAGCAUGCACGAGCGGCACAUCACACGUUUAUGGUUUGAUAUUUCUGAAGAGGAGUUGGAAGAAGCAGAGUUGAUUUAAUCCUUCCUUGUUUCUGUAUCACAGCAAUUACAGUAUUUGGUCACUUCCUGUGCGCAAUAUUGCAAUUUAUCCAUUUUUAAUAAGAAAAGGAAAGACUAAAGACGCGUAAUAAAGUUUGUAGAAAACAUUUACGGUACUAUAAUGAGUAACAUAUGUGUACCGAAUGUGUAAUAAUACCUCCAUUAAUGAUAAAGAACGAGUAAGUAGUAAGCGCAGUAGUAAAAUUAAGUUAAACUUGUGUAGUAGAUUAUGCAUAAUGGCGUUUAUCGGUAUCGGUAAUACUGGCUCUGUAUCGACUUGGUAUCGGAUUGACACCAAAGUGUGCGGUAUCGUCCACCCUGACUCUGAAAGGCUGAUGUUGCGUGUUUCUUUCUCAUUGUGCACUCUGGUUUGCGUAUUCCUCUGCGGGCAAAUGUUCGCUCUGAGAAGAGGAAUUGUUUUGGUUUUGACUUAAAACGAGUACGUGUCACGUGCUUUUUCAAUGCCUUUUCAAAUCCAUUUAUUGGAUUAUUUUUUUUUUCCCAAUUAGAAGUCGCAUGGCGCACGGGUCCUCGUAGUGGAAAGUGGAAAGUGGAAUAAGAUAACUUCCUUCCGCGCGCAAGUUGGAUAAGCUGUGAGGCUAUUUUGGGACACAGGCGAGUUAUGGAUUUACUCAGGAGGCGACUCUUGCAGAAGAGCGACGAUGUGUAACACCUCCGUGCACCGUUUGCGUUGCACGUGCGCCGAGGAGGAUGCCGUUUGGCGUCAUCCAUCCGAGUCCGACACACAAGUCGUGGGGUGGAUACGUGGAUAUUUACUGACAAUUUUGCUCUGCGAUUUACUCGGACUUUCUGUGGGCGCGAGCGUGUCGGGAGCCAAAGCGGAACACGAGGGGCUUUGUCCCAACAAGCUGAACAACAAUCUCUGGGUUGACGCACAAAGCACCUGCGAGAGAGAAUGCGACGCGGACGAGGAUUGUGCUGAAUUUGAGAAGUGCUGCACCAACGUGUGCGGACUCAACAGUUGCGUAGCUGCACGUUUUUCUGACGGCACCCCUGCUCGGCCUGAUGGCCUUGGGGGAGGUAAGGGGGACGGCCCGGGCUCGGCAGCAACUUGCGAGGGCUUCAUCUGCAGCCAGCAGGGGGCCACGUGUGACAUCUGGGACGGCCAACCCAUCUGCAAGUGCCAGGACCGCUGUGAGAAAGAGCCCAACUUCACCUGCGCAUCAGACGGCCUCACGUACUUCAACCGCUGCUACAUGGACGCAGAGGCCUGCAUCCGAGGGGUGGAGCUAACCGUGGUCGCCUGCCGAUUCUACCUCUCUGGACCCCACACUAGCCCGCUACCCCAGGACACGACUGCUCAUCCCACCCCAACGUCCUCCCAGGAGGACCCGAUGCCGCCCACGUUGUACUCCAACCCUCACCACCAAUCCAUCUACGUCGGAGGCACGGUCAGCUUCCACUGUGAUGUCAUCGGCACCCCCAGACCUGACGUGACGUGGGAGAAACAGAGCGAGCGACGCGAGCGUCUGGUCAUGAGGCCCGAUCAAAUGUACGGCAACGUGGUGAUCACCAACAUAGGGCAGCUUGUCAUCUACAGCGCCCAGGUGUGGGACACGGGCAUCUACACCUGCAUCGCACGCAACUCGGCAGGGGUUCUUCGUGCGGACUACCCUCUGUCCGUCAUACGCCGGGCCGAUGACGACUUCUCGGAGGAUCCGGAGAUGCCCAUGGGGAGGCCCUUCUCGCCGGCAGACUGCCUGGCAGAAGCGGACACGAGAGUGUGCAGCGGCGAGCGCCAUGUGGAUUGGUUCUACGACAGCAAGCUGGGCUCCUGCGUGACCUUCGCCAACGGCGGAUGCGAGGACAGCCGCAACCGCUUUGAGACUUUUGAGGAGUGCAAGGCCUCCUGUCAGAGGGAGGGAAUGGGGAUCUGCUCCCUGCCUGCUGUCCAGGGGCCCUGCAAAAACUGGGAAGCGCGUUGGGCUUGGAAUUCCAUGAUGAAAAAAUGCCAAGCGUUCGCCUUCGGCGGCUGCCACGGGAAUGCCAACAGCUUCCGCACGAAAAAGGAAUGUGAAGCAAACUGCCCGACACCCAAAAGGAAAUCUUGCAAGACGUGUCGGGUUAAAGGGAAAAUGGUGCCCAGUUUAUGCCGCAGUGACUUUGCCGUCGUGGGGCGGCUGACCGAGCUGGUUGAGGAUCUGGACUCCGGGUUAGCGCGUUUUAGCUUAGAAGAGGUUCUCCGAGAUGAAAAGAUGGGCUUGGCUUUCUUCAACACCAAGCAUCUGGAGGUGACGAUAGACAAGAUAGACUGGAGCUGUCCCUGCCCAAACAUCACCGUGGAGGAAAACCCCCUGCUGGUGAUGGGGGUGGUGCAGGACGGCGUGGCCAUCAUCCAGUCGGACAGCUACGUCAGAGCCAUAACCGAACGCAGACUCAAGAAGCUCCGUGACGUUGUGGUUAAAAAGACCUGCCAGACAUUGUAAAACUCCCAGGACUUGUUAUUGCACAGAUGGCUGCACCAACAGAUGGCCCUGUGGAACAUUUAGCACUGAAGCUGACAGAACACUUUUUAUGUCAGAGGAGCACUAUUACUUGUAUUAUUAUUAUUAUUAGUAGUAGUGUUAGUAGUAGUAGUACCAUCUAUAUUCUACUUUAAAAGUAGUUUACAGAGAUUUGUUCAAAAAAGAUUUGGUUUAUUUGGAUUUUUUUGUCCAUAAGUUGACAUAUUUUCCCGCAAAAACCACAUCUAAUUCACUUGAAGUAACCAUUUAUAAAUAUGUGAUAAAAUACAUGUAAAACAUACAGCAUACACGUACCAGACCACUUUUUUUUUUUACAUUACAUUUACUGAGGUUUUUUUGCCAAGCGUAGAGAUGUCGCACUUUGUCUGCGUGCUGCUAAGCGAGAGUUGGGAUUCAACAUUAGCGAGCCCACAAAUCUGCAGGUUAGGUAAAAAAAAACAAACAAACUCAAACUGGGCAGUUUUUUUCCCACACAAAAUACACGUCAUUCACCAUAAGUCAUUGAUCACUCAUAAAUAAGUGAUAAUACGGGUCAAAUGUACAGCAAACACGUAUGAGCCCACAUUUUUAAAAACAUGUCCUUUUGCUUCACUGAUGAUAUUUUUUCUCGUGUCGCACUUUGCUCAGCGGACUUUGAAUGCACCAUAGUUGAGUGCUGCUAAGCAAAAGUUGUGAUUCAGUGUUGGCAACGCCGCAGAUUUAUGGUCAAAAAAUGACUUCCAAACAAUUUUGGCCAAAAAUAGACAGUUUUUUCUGCAGAAAACGCCUCAUUUAGCCUAUGCCGGGAAUCAUUUAUUAAUACGUAACAGUUAAAAUGCAAUUUUUUUGACAUGUUUAUGUCUUUAUACUUCACUGAUGUUUUGAGAUGCCUCACUUUGUUUGGCGGUCCUUGAAUGCACCAUAGUUAUGCGCUGCGAAGCGAGAAUUGGGAUUCAGCAUUUGCGACCCCACAAAUUUGCAGGUUUUGGUAAAAAAAAAAAUGUUUAAAGAAAAAGUUUGUCUGCAAAUAGGCAGUUUUUUUCCCCCACUGAAUACACGCCAUUCACCAUAAGUCAUCAAUAAUUUAUACAUUUGGGAUAAUGCAGGUAAAAUGUACAGCAUACGUGUAGCAGUCCACAUUUUUUUGACAUGUUUGCAUUUUUAUGCUUCACUGAUAAUGUUCUUUCUACAAGCGCUGAGAUGUCGCACUUUGUUCAGCGGUCCUCGAAUGCACCAUACUUGAGUGCUGCUAAGCAAAAUUUGGGAUUCAGCGUUCGCGAUGCCGCAAAUGUGCAGAUUAAUGGUCAAAAAAUGACUUAAAAAGUGACUUUUCCGCAGAAAAGACCUCAUUCACACUAUGGCGGUAAUAAUUGAUAACUACAUAACACAGUUAAAAUGUAAACCAUACACGUACUUGCCCACAAUUUGUUUUUUUUACAUGUUUAUGCCUUUAUGCUUUGCUGAUCAUGUUUUAUUCUCCAAGCGCUGAGAUGCCGCACUUUGUUCAGCGGUCCUUGAAUGCAACAUAGCAGAGUGCUGCUAAGCAAAAGUUGCGAUUCAGAGUUCGCGACGCUGCAGAUUUGCAGAUUUAUGGUAAAAAAACAUUUUGUCUGAAAAUAUGCUGUUUUUUUCUGCAGAAAACGCCUCCUCCACCCUAUGCCGCUCAUCAUUUAGAACAUAAUAAUACAGUACAAAUGUAAAACAUACAUGUACCAGCUCACUUUUGGUUUUUUUACAUUUCUGUCUUCUCCACUGAUGAUGUUUUUUUGCAAAGCGCCGACAUGUCACACUUUGUUUCCUGGUCCUUGAACACACCACAGUUGAGUGCUGCUAACCUAAAGUGAAACUGUUAACAUUCUCCGACGCUGCCACGGCUUUCUGUUCAUCCAUUGUCUUACAUUACCAUUCAUUAGUUGGGAGAACCUGUCCGUUUUAGACUUUAAAAUGUGUUUAACAUGCGCGUGGGGCAUAUUUCGGGCUUAAACCUGAAUUGUGUUGCGUUUGCAGGGCAUAAAAAUCAAUUACUCGCAGAUUUUCAUGGGUAGAGGAGAAGCGGCAUCGAAAAUGGAUGCAUGGAUGGAUUUUCAUGGGUAGGUCCAGAACCGAGGGAUGUACUGUGUUAUGUCUUCUUCUGAUGCUAAAAAUACUUUUUCAAUAAUUACAGGAGGUGUCUUGACGUGAAUUCUGUAUGAUAGUAUUUAGAAAGCCCCCCCCGCCCCCCCAUGUGUAGCAGUCACAGUUGUCUAACUUGUGUCGCUUAGCAAAAACAGCCACUUAAGUUGUGUCUAUAUUGUUUUUUUUACGAACAGUGUUUUAUAUGUACGCAAAAAGAUCUCAUGUGCAGCUCAUAAAUGUCUCCAUUUUUCUGCAAACAUAAAAAUAAAGAGAACGGGAAUAGCAGUACAGAGGCAAAAAGACAAUAAAGUGAGAUGAAGCAAGAAGUUACUUUUACUGGUGUGCAGUAAUGUACAUUCAUCCGAACGUGUCCAUUUGGCAACAUGUCUCGCACGCUUGGAGUUAUCUUAAGGCGCUUUUCACCAUCCACAAAGGGAAUGACGCUUCACACCAGACUCUCCUUCCUGAAAAGCAGGCAUUUGUUGUUUGCUGGCAUGUCCACCUAAAAGAAAGAACAACAUAUUUUCUAGUUUAGAGGACAACAAAUAUGUUCCACGUUCCUUGAAAAAGCCGACGCCUUACAAUUUUCUCCAGGAAUAAGCCAUUUAUUUCUGCAAGCGAUUUGAGGAGGGAGAUAUCCCUGAGCCCCCACUCCGGGUUCCUGUAAAAUGAAAAGAUUGCUUUUUUCAUUUGCACUGGUGCAUUUAACUUCAUUCAUACAAUACCGUUGCCCUUGAAGCGCUGCGCUACUGUACCUCUGCCGUAGGCUGAUGUCAAACUCAACGUUGCUUUGUGGUGUGAUGUCACCGUUUACAGCAUAGGGCUGCGAAGCAGAGUGGAAACACUAUUGCUUUUUGAUAUGGAUUCAUAUUCCGUCGAAUGCAUCGAGGUGCUUUAAACUCACCCCGUAGGUCAGGAGGAGAGCUUGGGGCUUCAGCACCACUCCGGCCCCUUUGAAUAAACCCUAGAAGGGGAGGAAUUGUGUUGUACAUCAUUGAGAAGAGAAGAGGAGAGAAAACAUACAUCAUAUUUUGUCUCACUACAAGCCUUGUAAAAAAAAAAAAAAAAAAAAAUGCUGUCAAAAAUGAGCAUCAUGGUCUUUUUUUUUUUUUUUGUAAAUAAAAAAGACUGUUUUGAUAAACACCACCAGUGAAAUAUUCAUUUAACGUCUCUGUGGUCGCAGUUAGCAGUCAUGUUAUGUAAUGUAAUGUAAUGUAUUAUUUGUACAUUAGUAACUCAUUUGGCAUAUCAUUUGAUAUUAUUUUUCAAGUUAUAUAUAUUAUUCAUAUAUUUGUUGUUGUUUUGAAAACAUUUUGGUAAUAAAUGAAUUUCAUUUCAUCCGAUGCACAGCAUCAUCUCCCGACAGAAGAGCAGUUUCAGUGGCAAAUUACUAUCACUGUCCUGCUCCACCAGCACCUCAUUCCUUUCCUCAU